AUGCUGUCUCCCGUUGUUCGCUCCAGCAUGACCUUCCUACUGUUCUCCUGCCUGAUACUUCUAGCUCAAGUCUAUGGUGAAGAUGUGCGAAAGGAACGUGCUUCUGUGCGGAGCAGAUGUCCUCAAGGCUCUUAUUCCUAUUUCUCAUACUGCUAUGCCUUGUAUGCAACACCAGCUACCUGGAUGGAUGCAGCACUAAAUUGCCAGAAGCAGCCUUCUGGGUAUCUUACGUCUGUUCUCUCUGGGUCUGAGGCUUCUUUUGUGGCUUCGCUGAUCAAAACUAACUUUAAUAACUACAAAAACAUCUGGAUUGGGCUUCAUGAUCCCACAGAGGGCCAGCAACCUAAUGGAGGUGGCUGGCAAUGGGCUAGCACUGAUGUGAUGAACUACCAAGCCUGGGAGGUGAAACCCUCCCCAAAUUCCAAAGCAUACUGUGGAACUGUGUCCCAAAGCUCCAAUUAUCGAAAAUGGAGAGAGUACAACUGUGAUUUGAUGUUACCCUAUGUUUGCAAGUUCAAGAACUAG